AACAUUAAUAAUUUAUUAAAAACCAACUCAGUUUCAUGUAUAGGCUAUUUUUAAAACUGUCAAACAACAUUUUCACCCAUUAAACUGACCUAUUAAACUAUUACUAUGAGCUGACUCGAGAUCCACUCGGACCGAUUCAGUUCAAAUCGGUUUUAUGUUCAUUAAUGAUCCGAUUCAAAAUGAUCCGGUUCAAAAGAACGAUUCAUUCAAUCGCUAGUGCGCUGAGCGGGACAACUGAUGACACAAAGAGUCUGUAUCGCCUGAGCGCGGGUCCAUAAAAGUCAUCUGGGAGAGAUAAUCCAUUUAAGGCCAUAAAUAUGUCACAUAAUUAAUAGAGCGUGAUUCAGUCGAUUUGUUCGUGUUGAUUUAUUUGAGUACUUGAAGAGAGAGUCGAUGGAGAUGGAGCUAUCCUCAACAGAUGUGGAAAAACUAUCUGAAAUCAACGAAACUCAAGAUAUUGAUUCGGAUGAUUUGCUGGAGUUGAAUCAGUUCGACGGGCUCCCUUUUUCUUCACGAUAUUACAAACUAUUAAGAGAAAGAAAAGGUCUGCCGGUGUGGGAAGCGAAAUGCGAGUUUAUGGACACUUUGAGCAACAGCCAGAUUGUGAUAGUGACUGGCACAGCUAAAACAGGACAAAGCACUCAGAUCCCUCAGUGGUGUGCAGAGUUUUGCCUAUCUGCGCAGUAUCAGAAUGGCAUGGUAGUGUGCACUCAAAUUCACCAACAGAGCACGGUGGAACUGGCCCUCCGUGUGGCCGACGAGAUGGACGUCAACAUCGGCAAUGAGGUUGGAUACAGCAUCCCACUUCAGACCUGUUGCUCCCCUGACACUGUUUUGAGGUACUGCACAGAUGAUGUGCUGCUCCGGGAAAUGAUGUCGGACCCCCUCUUGGAGCAGUAUGGUGUCGUGGUCAUUGAUCAGGCCCAGGAACGCACCGUCAGCACAGACCUGCUCCUCGGGCUGCUCAAAGACAUGCUCCUCGCACGGCCGGAGCUCAGACUGGUCAUCCUCACCGCCCCUCACUCCGCUGAGAAACUGCUACGUCACUAUGGAAGCGUUCCUCAGAUCCGGCUGGAAGGGCCACAGCCGUGCGAGGUGGUGUAUGGUAGUGGUAGAGGAGGUGUGAAGGAUUACCUCUGCUCUGCUCUUAGACUGGCUCUGGAGAUACAUCAGAAUCAAAACCAUGGAGACAUUGUGACAUUUCUGGCGACUGAGCAAGAGAUUGAAUGUGCCCAUGCCAUUUUGCGGAGAGAGGGUGUCAAUCUUGCGUUGUCUCAUGGCGAGCUGGUGCCUGUUUCUCUGUGCCCGGCGCAAGGAGACAGUCUCUCAGUGCUGUCUGAGGAGAGCAAGAGCAGGAGAGUCUUCCUCACCUGCAGCCCCAAUGAAGACUUAUUCUGGGCCGUUCACAGCAUUCGCUUUGUGAUUGAUGCUGGAGUGCAAAAACGAUAUGUGUACAAUCCUAGAAUCAGAGCCAACUCCAUUGUUAUUCGACCAAUCAGCAAGAGCCAAGCUGAGAGCCGCAAACAACUUGCAGGCCCAACAGGCAAGUGUUUCUGUCUGUAUCAAGAGGACACGUCACUUCCUGUUGAGAGCGUCCCUCACAUUCUUGAGUCUGACAUCACUUCCACUGUGCUCUUCCUAAAGCGUAUGGAAAUUGCUGGCCUGAGCAACUGUGACUUCAUUGACAGACCAGAUCCAGAAGGCCUCAUGCAAGCUUUAGAGGAACUCGACUAUCUUGCUGCUUUGGAUGAUGACGGAAAUCUCUCUGAGAUUGGAAUUAUCAUGUCAGAGUUUCCUCUCGAGCCACAGAUGGCUAAGACUUUGCUUGCGUCUUGUGAAUUUGACUGUGUGAGUGAAGUGCUGACCAUCGCUGCCAUGCUAACAGCUCCUAGCUGUUUCCUUACACCUCCAGUGGAAAUGAGACAGAAAGCCUCCCUGUGUCAUCUGAGGUUCCAGCAUGCAGAAGGAGACCACUUCACCCUUAUUAACAUCUUUAAUGCUUACAAAUAUGCUAAGGAAGGGCCAUACUCUAGCGUGGAACAGUGGUGUGAAGACCAUUUCCUUAGUCUGGCUGCUCUUCAGACAGCAGAUGCGAUACGCUCUGAACUAACAGAAAUCCUGAAGCGGAUAGAGCUGCCAGUGUCCUUACCUGACUUCGGCUCUAAAAGCAAUAGCUUGAACAUCAGACGUGCACUACUAGCUGGCUUCUUCAUGCAGGUGGCGAGGGACAUUGACGGGUCAGGCAAUUACUUCAUGCUAACCCAUAAACAUGUGGCUCAGAUCCACCAACUGUCUGGCUACGGAACCGAGAUGCACAAGAAGAAUCUGCCAGAAUGGGUUCUGUAUCAUGAGCACACGCUGUCAGAGAACAACUGCAUCAGAACCGUCUCUCAAAUCUCAGCACAUGAGUUCAUUCAGAUGGCACCGCAGUACUUCUUUUAUAACCUGCCACCUAGUGAGAGUAAAGACCUACUGCAGCACAUUAUAGAUCACGGUUCAGCUGCCCCAUCUAAAGGCAAAAGAAAAACCCAGACCCCCAGCAGCCCUGCCAGUGAGGAUCAGCCGCAUGAGCGCUGUACCAUACAGUGACGGGGAAAUAGCAUACCUUGCCACUGCAUUACCAUGACAGGAUUCAAACAGGAUGCUUUCCAUAGUAACCAUGGAAUUUAUGAGGCACAACGAGGAAUCUCUAUAGACUCACCAAAUUAGUUUGAUUGAAAAGAACAGAUCGUGUAAUAUGUUGCUCAAAUUCAAAGGGCCCGCAGAAAACCCCCUUCUCACAGUGCCCGGGACAAUGCUUCAAAGUAAUAACAGUUUGUACAGUUGUCUUCUUUCUGCUGAAUUAAUAGCAAUUUAAAUAACCUACUGCUGUGCAGUAGUUAAUCAAUAAACUGUCAUUGACUUUAUGGUGUCUAAAAUGUCUUUUAUAAAUUGUAGCUACUAGUUAGCAUUUUUACAUAAUAUCAGGAUAGUACAAUUAAACAUUUUCCUUUUUGCAUUGAUUGUGUUUCCCAUUAGUUUUAUUUAGUGCUGCAGAGCUGUAAUUAAACAAACUUGGAAUAGACUGGAAUUGUUUUUUGUUUUGUUUUGUUUUUUCAAUUGUAUAUGUAUUUAUUUGUAAGGCAUUUGUUUAGUUAAUAUAUUUUGAUAUUAAUGUCAAUUUCACUGUGAUAAUUCACACAAAAUAAGAAAUUAAAUAAAAAAAAGUGUUUAACUGUUGU